UAUGACGACGUCACAACAUGGCUGACUGUUGACUUACUUAACAAAAAAAGAACAACAUUACAAUUUUCAUGUCCAAAAGAAAACAGUUUUCGAAUGCAUUGAGUUUUGUUUAGACAAAGAAAAUCCAUAAUAGCAUAGCUCAUGCACUUAAAUCUUCGCUUUUUUGUAUAGAAACAUAAUAUGUGGUUUUGCUUCUAUGCUGAUAAUCUAGACUAAGUUUAAGUGGAGUAUAGAAGAAAAAAAGUCGCAGUGUAAAAACGCCAAUGGUGUGCAUUUUACAGCAGACUUCAUGAUAAAUACAAUUCAGAGCAAUUAUUUAAAAGUGAAUAACGGCUAAACAGCUUUAAUUAAAUAAAACAUAUCAAUCAAUUCACCAACAGCGCAACUUUUGAACAGACCAUGGCGAAGGCAUCACUGCAGCCAAAUUCUACCAGUUUACCCAUGAUCUCCACACAGGGCAUCAGCCUUUGCACACUGGACACUAAAACGAACCACAACCCUUCACCAGGGUACGCCGACAUCCGAUCCCCCCACUCCCUACACGUCCAGCUUCAGCCCAACACCUACACACAGGGACUCAACAGCUCCGGCACCCUGAUCGGAGUCAACAACCCCAUCCCCUACCCCAACUCCAAUGUUAAGUACUUCGAGAUUCCAUUCAACCGAUCAGUUGACUGGUGCUACACCCAGGUAGCCGGGGACCUAGAGUUAAAACGUACGUGUUUACAUAAAAUAAUUAAAGAAAAAGCGGAGAAAUGCAAAGAGCUGAAUAUGCUGCAAACGGAACCUGCCGAGUAUUUCACAGCGGAAAACGACGAAGGCUACAACCAAUGGGUAUCGAGACAAAUGCGCGAGAAAGAAGAAAUUGAAAUGGAAAAGGCUAAAAGAAGAAUCGUGCCGAAUUCAAUCAAAGCCAUGCCUGGUCAUUAUAACCCUUCUACCUUGGAGACAUCCAACGAGGCGUAUGGUCAGUACAUUGACCUCAGACCCAAAUACCCCGCCACCUACCCGCUCAGUGAAAAAAUCCCACCCAUGCCGAUGCAAGUGCUGGUGAAAUUCCGCCCCUCCAACAUUUCCGAUCACCCCCGGAUACCGGACCACGUCUUCGCUGUCGACCCGCGCGAACUGAUCACCAAGAAAGGCUGCUACUCCCGCGGUACCAUCGGAGCGUUGUACUUCCCGCACGACAACAAAAACCUUUGCAAAACCGUUUACAGCUUCAAACGAAGCCAGCCCUACCUGAGCGGCGUCGCAGGGGAGAGGAAACCAGGUCACACCUGGCCUUUGUAUUCGCCCACUGGACUCGAGCUUAACCGACCGGUUCCGAGGUGCGUUUCCGUCAUCGCCGGAGUAGACGGUAAAGAAAAAUGCCGGCUGUCCGUGCCGGCUAGGUCCGUGCCCUAUGUUUACAACCGGUACGUGUCUUGCACGUGCCCCCAGUCCAAGGACCCCGAGACGGAACCCAACCCCCAGCUGCGCCAGACCAAACAGAACUGCGCGCCUUGUAAUCCGCUCGUACAGUCCAAUCCACGGUGUGAUCCUUGCCACUUGGACUUCAUCAACCCACAGUUUCUUCCCGUCCCCAUGGAGAUAAAACAACAACAGUCCAGUAAUGUCAACAGGAAGUGAAGUAAAAUAUAAGUAUAUGCUCCAUGUUUUUAAAUAAUCAGGUCUCACGUUUUGUAGCAAUCCCAUUGGCGCUACGAAAUUAAUUUUUGAAAACUCUCAUAAGUCAUAAUGGUUAUAGAAUCUAAAUGGAGAAUUUUAAGAGGAGAUAGAGACAAUGAUAUAAUGUUUAUAUACGAAAAUAGUCACACUUAAUUUAUAGAGAGCUGAGGUAGUAGAAAAAGUUUUAUGCUUAGUAGGCGUUCAAAAUCUACUAUAGAGGUCUAUCUACAUUGUUACCAUGUCGAUCAAGAUUUAGCACAAGACCGAACUAACUUUUAUGAAACCAACAAAAGGCUCAAUGUGAUGUCAUUCAACCAGUUAGUCGUAAAAUGAAGGUAAUAAAAAAUAUAAAUGAAUAAAGAAAACCAUUUCAUCGACAUGUGAAAUUAUUUUUUUUUGUUUCUAAAAUCAAGACUAGACCAAAAUGAUGUACGCUAUUUUGUUUAUUUUUAAAUUUGUCACUUUCAUUCUAUAAUUAAAUUCUUUAUUGUUUCGUUUACACAUUUUGUAAACAUAUUUUAAAAAUCAGCAGCAGACGUAAUCAAACAAUACCGUUGGGAAGUGGGCCUAAUAUUUAUUUUUUUGAUAUUUACUAAAUGUAGAUUUCUAGAUCUAUAUAUAAAAAUCCAAAAGUGGUGCAAAAUUAUUUUGAAAUAAACCUUUCAAAAAUUGUAUUUGGUCGCUUACACGGUAUUGCUAAUUCUACAUUUGACUUUGUCUAAGAUUUUUUCGCUUAUUUUCUUAUCACUAUUUCUGACACUCUCAUUUAGUGUUUAGUGAAGUAUUAUUCUAAAUGUUAUUUAUUGUUUGCCAUUCACACUCACCUUUUUCAAUUUUGUUGAAUGAUCGUAUUAAUUUCAUCAUUAUGAAAAAAAUAAGUUGAUAUUAUACGUUUUUUUUUUAACUUUUAGAAAGGUAAAAAUUAAUCAUACAGUGUUUGGGUGAUUUUAAGCAUUUUAUACCAAUUCUGCAGUACACAUAUUAUUGAUUUGUUUGAAAUACGUUUCAUUAAGUUCCUAUCAGAAGAGUUCAUUCAGUUUUCACAUUCCUCUUUCAAAACUUUUAUCUAAUCUUUUGUUAUUAUCAUUAAUUUUACUUCAUAUUUCAUUCAUUAA